AUGACUGAAGUAGCAAACAAGGAACUUGCAAAGAAUACAGCAGAAGCUGUUGCAGCAUCAGGUAAAGUUCAAGAGAUGCAAGAAAAACAUGAAAUUAAAAAGCAACAUAUUGAGACCGCAAAAUCCGUUGCUGAACAAGUUGCAACAUCAGGUAAAGUAGAAGAAAUGCAUGAGAUGCAUCAGAUCAAGAAACAACAUGCAGUUGAUGCAAAGAAUGUUGCUGAACAAGUUGCAGCAUCCGGAAAAGUCGAGGAGAUGCAUGAAAUGCAUGAAAUUAAGAAACAACAUGCUGUUGAAGCUAAGGCAUUAGCUGAACAAGUUGCAGCAUCAGGCAAAGUUGAAGAGAUGAAAGAAAUGCAUGAAAUCAAGAAACAACAUGCAGCCAAUGCAAAAGAUGUUGCAGAACAAGUUACUGCAUCUGGAAAAGUUGAAGCGAUGCAUGAAAUGCACGAAAUCAAGAAGCAGCAUGCUGUUGAAGCAAAGAAUGUUGCUGAACAAGUUGCAGCAUCCGGAAAAGUCGAGGAAAUGCAUGAAAUGCACGAAAUUAAGAAGCAACAUGCUGUUGAAGCUAAGGCAUUAGCUGAGCAGGUUGCAAAUUCAGGAAAAGUGGAAGAAAUGCAACAGAAAGCUGAACAAACUAAGGAGCUCAAAGCAAAGGCAAAAGCUGCCGCUGAAGCUGUUGCUGCAGCCGUCAACAAAUAA